AUGGAUGACGACCGGAGACCACCCUCCCCGGAGCCCAGCGAGCGGUCAGUUUCCCCGGAUACUCCACGGUCUGCAGCAGGUCAGGCAGGCCUAGCCGGAGUGUAUCAGCUUAUGGCGCAAGUGCUGCAACAGCAGCAGAUGAUGCAGUUGGCCGCUAUGCCAUCAGCAGACUCCUGCUAUGAGAGGUUCCGCCGACUGAACCCUCCGACCUUUGAGGGUGGGUCUGAUCCUAUGGCGGCAGAAACAUGGAUCCGGGAGAUGGAAAAGAUGUUCCGAGCCCUCCACUUUCCUGAUGAGGUGACAGUCCGGCUGGCGACCUCUAUGCUGACAGGAAACGCCGAAUACUGGUGGACGGCCAUGGAGACGGCUUAUGCCGUUGACAGACUCACCUGGAGGGACUUUAAGAGGAUAUUUUACAAUCAAUACUUUCCGGACUCAGUUCACCUGGCGAAGCAGAAUGAGUUUUUGACACUGACCCAGACUGACCAGAUGUCCGUUCUGGAGUACGCCAAUAAAUUUAACGAACUGGGACGAUUUUGCCCCCAGUUCAUGGAGGAUGAGAGAAGUAAGGUGAACCGGUUUGAGCAGGGAUUGAGCUUUUCCAGACAAUUACAUAGCACAUCUGAGAAAUUAGUGGAACCAUGGCAUGUUGCUACACCCCUUCAGAAAACCGCAAUUGUUGACACGAAAUAUAAAGAUUGCAUAAUUCAGAUAGGGGAAAAAGAAUUAGAGACAAAUCUUUUACAGCUUGACAUGCAAGACUUUGAUAUUAUCUUGGGCAUGGACUGGAUGUCACAGUAUCACGUCCACAUUGAUUGUUACCACAAGGGGGUGGUAUUUCGGAUACCUGGGGAGCAAGAAUUUUUCCUUCAGGACGAUAUACCCCUUCAAGAUGCUCCUACGCUACACUUUAUUUCUGCCUUGAAAGCUGGAAAGGCUGUGAGAAAAGGGUGUAUGGCCUAUCUGGCCUGUGUAAUGGAUACCCAGAAAAAGACCAAACUGGAAGAUAUUCCAGUAGUCAGAGAAUAUCCGGAUGUCUUCCCGGAGGAAUUACCAGGAUUACCCCCAGACCGAGAGAUCGAAUUCACUAUCGACCUCGCACCAGGAGAGGGGCCAGUCUCCAAGGCUCCUUAUCGGAUGGCCCCUGCUGAGUUAAGGGAAUUGAAGUUCGUGAUAGUUUUUAUCGAUGACAUUUUGAUAUACUCAAAGAGCCGGAAGGAACAUGAAGACCAUUUGAGGGUGGUGCUACAAAUCCUUCGAGAGAAGAGGCUGUAUGCCAAGCUGAACAAAUGUGAGUUCUGGCUGGACAGUGUGGCGUUCCUCGGCCAUAUAAUCUCCAAGGAAGGAGUGUCAGUGGACCCCAAGAAGAUAGAAGCGGUGGUGGAUUGGCCUCGUCCCACCAACUCCAAGGAAAUAAGAAGCUUUUUGGGAUUAGCCGGGUAUUACCGGCGAUUUGUGGAAGGGUUCUCCAAAAUAGCUACCCCCUUGACCCAGUUGACUAAGAAACGGGCCAAGUUUAUCUGGGACGGCAAGUGUGAGAGGAGCUUCCAGGAGCUCAAACAAAGGGAGUCCAUACCUGGUUUUAGUCGGGUGUAG